UUUAUUCUCUUCUCUUCUUUUUCCUUCUCGUCAUAUUUUGUUUGGUCUAGGCGGGCGUUUUCAGUCUACUGGUCUUCUCAGUGUUUACCUUACCGAGCAUUUUAUGAUUAUCUUCACUCUACUCAGCUAUUCAUGUUUUCAUGUUGGAUAUUGGAGUCUGCGCCCUGCGGAUGCUAGUUGCGUAUGUUGAUGCUUUCAAUGUUUGUGUUUAUAGUAUGCAGAUUGCACGCAGGUUCAUGCUCUGGGGCUUCUAAUUUGAAUACAUUUCCCCCAUUUGUCUAUGAUCUUCCCUUUUCGAUAAUUGAUUGAACAGGUACUCCGUUGCAAGGACUAUAUGCGUGCGCGCAUGUCUAUGAUGAUUCUUCUUUGGCGGAUAUUUUGGCUUAAUGAUUGGUACCUUUGCCAUCUUCUCUCUUGCAUUUUGGUGGAAUUUUGUUUUAUUCCAGUAGUUGAGAUUGAAGUUACGAUAUCCUAUGUCACAUCGAGAAUCAAAUUCAGUCAAUUAUAGUCUGCAUAUACA